AAAUAGUUUAUAGGUCAUAGUAUUAUCACUAAUGGCCUAGAGGAAUUUUUAACUAGAGGGAGGUUAUUUCUGAAGGUUAUUAAAAUGAUAUAAAAUCGAGUGGUAAAUAUAAAUGAUAUCAAGUUGUAACUGAUUCAUCAUGAAGACGAUUUUGGUAUUGACUGUGUUGAUAGCCGUUGCUCUGGCUGGUCCGCGCUUGGACGAAAUUAGAGCAGCUGUGAAGGCUUGCGGCGCCGAAUACGAAGGACCAAACAAUUUGAGAACUUUAAUUAUGAAAGAAGACGCCGACAAAGUGAAAUUGGGCGAAAAAAUAUUUUGCAUCAACAAAAAAAUCGGCAUCCAAAAGGAAAACGGCGAUAUCGAUGAAGAGGUGUUCCUGAGAGACUCGCAGUCCAUCGAAGAUGAAAAUAAAAGGAAUAAAUUGAAGGAGUGCAUGAAAAGAAACGGCGCUACGCCAGAAGAAGCCGCUUUUAAUUAUUUGAAAUGUUGCGAAACUACUUUAGAAUCACUCAAACAUUAAAUGUUCAAUAAAAGAAAGCGAGAAUGAUAAUGAGUGUUUAUUAGUCCACCCUGUAUAUAAUAGAGAUGAAUUAAUGAUUGUAAAUUUGACAUUUAUGACAUAAAAAUUGAAUAUAA